AAUUAGGAAAAAAAUUCUAAUGGAAUCUAAACACCAUCCAUCAUUUGUAAAUUCAACUGAAGAAUUUCAUAAAUUAUUAUCACAAUGCCCAUUUAUGUCAAUUAUUCAAUCAUCAGAAAUCAAUAAAAAGAAAAUCAAUAAAAAAAAUAAAACAAAAUUAAAAGAUACAACAUUACAUAAUCAUCAAUUAUUAAAUGAAAAUAAUGAAACAUUGAAUCAAUUUAAAGAUAAAUCUGAUAAAAAAGAGGAAGAAAUCAUUAUCAAAGAUAUAAAAAUUGUAAAUAAACAAACUACUAAUAAUACUACUAACUACUUAAAUUCAUUAAGUAGUAUAAAAAAAUCAAAGUUAUUUAAUGAAUUUAAUAAAUUAUCAUUGGAUGAACAAAAUGAAGAAAAUGAAUUACGUUAUAAACAAUUAAAUAAAUUGUAUGAAUUAAUCCAAUCAAAUCCAGAACAAUAUGGACAAUUAACGAUUGAUAAUAUAAUAGAACAAAUGAAUCAUUUUUAUUUAUAAAAAGAAAAACUGUCGUACAAUGUAAUAUAUAUUGAAUCUUUAAAUGAAUUCAAAUGUAUAUGGCAACCAAAGAGAGGAAAACAAACACCCCAUUAAUUCUAUUCAUUAGAUGUAAUUACAACCUACCCCUCCAUUCAUUGUAGACAAAAGUAUAUAUAUAUAUAUAUAGAGAGAGAGAGGGGUAGAGAGGUAGAUAGAUUCUUUUCUUAAUAUACAUUGUGUUUAUUCUUUUGAUUAAAACAAUAAUGGGCAAUGUAAAAAAAAUACAAAAAAAAUAUUCUAAUUAGAUCAGUGAAAUAAACAAAAUAGUCAAUGAAAACUAGUUGUGUUUGUUUCAAUUGGAAAUAUCGUUUAUAAAGGCUGUUCAAAUCUUCUGUUUGUUGAUGUUAGGCGUUUGAAGCGAAAGGUACUACAUUCAAGUUCCG